GGUAGGCCCUAGCAUUAUGAAACAUCUGUUGAUUUCGCUCUUACAAUUUUCUGGUACGCUUGCUGUACUGAAAUUUGCUUCAUACUAUGCUGACCAUAUGGUUCUUCAAAGAGGUCCCCAGAGGGCGAUAGUCUGGGGCCAUGCUGCAACGAUAGGUGACGAGGUUACAGUCAUGGUCAGUGGCAAAGGAGAGGUCAAGGUCAAUGUUGUGAAGGAUCCUUAUGGAAAUGAGGGUUUAUGGAAGGCUAAACUGCCAGCUGUAACUGAACCUGGUCCUUUCACCUUGACAGCAUCAUCAUCAGAGGGGGACUUAACUCUAACAGACGUCAUGUUUGGUGACGUAUGGGUGUGCUCUGGACAGAGUAACAUGGAGAUGCCAAUGAAACAGAUCAUAAACUCAUCUUUAGAAAUUGCAGAAGCUCUAAAGUUCAAGACUAUAAGAAUUCUUAAGGCAUCAAUGGUGGAAUCAACCACUCCGCUAGAAGACUUGAAGAGCUUGGUCUUUCAGUGGACUGAUACAAAUGAUGCUGAUGUGUCUCGCUUCUCUGCUGUGUGCAUGCUGUUUGGGGAAUAUAUUCACCCCAACAGGAACUAUCCCCUUGGACUAAUAGACACGACAUGGGGUGGGACGCCAAUUGAAGCCUGGUCCUCUCCCGAUGCCAUCGCAGAGUGUCCGACACCGAAUAAUACGCAUUUGAACAGUGAUACCAUAUAUGAUGGCAACAAUGGUCAAGUUAUGCCAAGAUCCCCACUUGAUAAGUGUGUGUUGUGGAAUGCUAUGAUCAACCCGUUUCUCGACAUGACGAUAUUUGGUGCAUUAUGGUAUCAAGGGGAGUCCAAUGUCUGGUAUCCAGAUCUAUAUUCAUGCCAGUUUCCUGCUAUGAUAAAUGAUUGGAGAAAGAAAUUCCACGCCUGCUCAGAAAAGGAGACGGAUAUUGAAUUUCCUUUCGGAUUUGUUCAGCUUGCUCCUAAUGCCAAAUCUACGGAGGUUGGAGAUUUCCCGGCAAUUAGAUGGUCUCAAACUGCAAAGUUCGGAUUUGUUCCUAACGAGAAGAUGCCGAAAACCUUCAUGUCUGUAGCCAUGGACCUUCCUGACUAUGAUUCCCCGUUUGGAUCAAUCCAUCCACGGUAUAAGCAGGAUAUCGCCUCCCGUCUGGUUCUUGGAGCCAGAGCGGUCGCCUAUGGAGAAGAAGGGGUUAAGUUUCAAGGUCCUCUACCUCAAACCUUCAGCCUUAACAACGUCAAUAACAUCCUUAACGUGAACUACGGAGACGAUAGUCCUAUAAAGGUUCUUAACAACAACGGUUUUGAGGUGUGCUGUUCCAGCAGUAGUACAACCGAAUGCGCAGACUCAGAUGAGUGGGUGGCUGCACCAAUCACAGACCAAGACACAAACUCCGUAUCGGUAUCGGUAGCUGGCUGUGAGAGCAAGUCACCAGUUGGUCUCCGAUAUGAAUGGCGCACAAGUCCCUGUGAUCUCAAAGAGUGUGCCAUAUAUGGCAGUGAUACCGAUUUGCCAGCCCCGCCUUAUAUUACUAAGAGAGGGUUUUAGACAUAAAUGAGAAGGAAGUGUUUCAUGGUAUAACCCUGAAUAAAAUCAUUUCAUUGUAUUAA